AGGCAAUUUGCAGGGUACAAUUUGCAGGGACCCUGCGGAUUGUCUCGUGUGUAUUGCAAUCGUUCCAAUUUUUUAACGACUUCACGAUAUCGGCUAGUUGGGUUCUCAGUCAUUCCAAUCGCUCUGCUCCCCUCCCGAAUACCCUGCGAAUUAUUGUGUGUGUGGGACAGUUGGAGGCGAUUUGAUCUUAAUAAAUGAGGUUAUAGGUCGGCCGGGUUAUUUGUUCUUUCACGUUGAUUAUUUUUUCUUGUUUUUGGCUAGAAAAAGUGGAUUAGUGAAAUACAAUAAUUUAAAAACAUAAUGUUGGAAAAAGAAAAGGAAGUAUGGACCGAUAUCAUCGACACAUUUCGAGAUAUGCCUUUUUUAUGGGACAAAACAAACAGUAACUACCUGAAUCGCGAUAUGAGACAGGAAGGCUUCAAUAUUUUGCUAGAUAAAUAUAAAGUGUUCGACAAAUCAGCAACUUUAGAUGUAUUCAAGAAGAAAUUAGAAAAUAUGCGGACAACGUAUAACAGGGAACUAAAAAAAAUAAAAAAUUCGAAAAUAACUGGGUCAGGAUUAGAUGAUAUUUAUAUACCAUCAUUGUGGUAUUUCGACCUGAUGGGAUUCUUAACAGAAAAUACCCAACCAAGCCGUGACGGAAAAGAUACUUUGGAAAACUCUACUCAGGAAACACCUCAGGUGCCUGUUGAGUUAUCUAAUGAAAAUGCACUCGACCAAGAAGCUUCAGGAACUAAUGCAGCCACUCAGGAGGAAAUACCAUCAACAUCAAAAAUGACAAAUACUAAAAGGCAAAGAAAAAGCUUAGACAAGGCUAAAGAAGAAGUACUGAAAAGGCAAAUAAAUUACUAG